GUGUGUGUGGCGUCACCGCGGGCUCCCCACCCGGCCAUGCACCCCCUUUCACUCGGCGGCAACAGCGCCUCGGCCGCGCGCAGGCCGGAGGAGGAAGUGGGGUCUGGCUGCUUCGAACAAGAGAACUGGCCAUUGCUGGGGGGGGGGGGGGGUGUUGGCGGUGGGGGACGGGUCUACACCGCGGCUCGGGCAGCGCAGGCGUGGCGCGGCGAGCAGCACGCAGCCCGCAAUCCGGGAACCCGGCGGCCGCCUCGCCCCUUCCCCCACCCGCCACCGCCGCCCGCGCUUCGCAACAAAGCCCGGCUGCGGGAGCGCGGAGCCCCACGCCCCUCAACGGGUAGCAAAGACGUCUCUCCCCUACCGGCGUCCGCUUCCUGGCGUCCGAGAACACAGCCCUCUCAGGACCGCCGGUGGCCGCUGCCUUCGUCAGAAACACCCGGCAAACACACCGCAGCUCGCGUGGAGGCGGCGGAGAAAUGGCUCCGACGGCGGCGCCAGGGGGGUGGGGUCGGUGCGCGUACGCAUGCGCACGAAGCGAGUUUAGGGAGGAGGGCGCCCGGAGGGAGGGGAGGGGCCGCAGCCACCUUGUCCCCGCGGCGCAUGCGGUCGCCAGGGAGAUCUGCAGCGCUGGGCCUGCUGCGCUCCAGGCGGGAUUCUUCCCUUGUUCCUUGCUUUUGAACGUUUUUGAGCCGUGGGGACCGCAAGCAUUUGACGUACCAAAAAAUUUCUUAGCUUCUAUCAUGGGGACCUCCCGCUGAUGACAGAUAAAGGGUAGAAGACGGAGCCGGAAAUCUUAGGGUGCUUAAAGCAGCAGGUUCCCGAUAGUUAUUUAUAAUAAGGGAAAUUCAACCUCUCUACAUGGCUGACAAAUGUUUUGUAGCAGAUAAUGAAUACAGCAAAAGUGUCAACGUAUUAAGUAUAAAUAAAACUUUCAGA